AUGGCCCGCGACGAUGCGCCGCCGCCCGCCAAAAGGCAGAAAAGCUCCCUGCCCGCGCCACUCCGCGACGCAAAGCGACAAGACAUCGACAACUGGGAAACAAACCGCAUGCUCACGUCCGGUGUCGCGCAACGACGAGAAUUCGCCAGCGACUUUGCCCCCGAUGACGAUGAAGGGACACGCGUGCMCCUGUUGGUGCACGAUUUGCGCCCGCCGUUCCUUGACGGUCGAACGAUCUUCACGAAGCAGUUGGAACCUAUAUCUGCCGUGCGGGAUCCGCAAAGUGAUAUGGCGGUUUUCAGCCGAAAGGGGAGUAAGGUUGUUAGAGAGCGGAGGCAGCAGAGAGAACGACAAAAGCAAGCUCAGGACGCUACUACGAUGGCGGGCACGGCAUUGGGGAAUUUGAUUGGCAUCAAGGAAGAUGAAGGCGACAGUGCUGUGGCAGCUCCGAUUGAGGAAGUUUACAAAAAUACGAACAAAUUCUCGCAACAUUUGAAAAAGGAUGAAGGCGGUGCUAGUGCGUUUAGCAAAAGCAAGACAUUGCGCGAACAGCGAGAGUAUCUGCCCGCUUUUGCUGUACGGGAGGAUUUACUUCGAGUUAUUCGAGAUAAUCAGGUCAUUAUUGUGGUUGGAGAAACUGGAUCUGGUAAAACGACCCAAUUGACUCAAUUUUUGUACGAGGAUGGAUAUGGCAAACAGGGUAUGAUCGGGUGUACGCAGCCUCGUCGAGUGGCAGCUAUGAGUGUGGCCAAGCGUGUGAGUGAGGAGAUGGCGGUUGACCUGGGGGAUCUUGUUGGAUAUGCGAUUCGGUUUGAGGAUUGCACGAGUGAUAAGACCAUUAUAAAGUAUAUGACUGACGGUGUUUUACUGAGAGAAUCCUUGGUUCAACCGGAUCUCGACAAAUACUCUUGCAUCAUUAUGGACGAAGCCCACGAACGUGCAUUGAAUACAGAUGUCCUCAUGGGACUGAUUAAGAAAGUGCUGGUCAGAAGAAGAGAUUUGAAGCUGAUCGUCACAUCUGCUACAAUGAACUCGGAACGAUUUUCACGGUUUUUCGGCGGUGCGCCAGAAUUUAUCAUUCCUGGCCGUACAUUUCCUGUCGACAUACAAUUCUCUCGUUCGCCUUGUGAAGACUACGUGGACAGCGCUGUCAAGCAGGUUCUUGCAAUCCACGUCUCUCAAGGACCAGGCGAUAUUCUAGUGUUCAUGACCGGUCAAGAAGACAUCGAGGCUACAUGCGAACUAGUCGAAGAGCGACUGAAAAUGCUGAACGACCCGCCAAAGCUGAGCAUUCUCCCUAUCUACAGUCAAAUGCCUGCCGAGCAACAGGCGAGAAUUUUCAAACGGGCCGCGCCGGGAGUCAGAAAAGUCAUUGUGGCAACAAACAUCGCCGAAACGAGUUUGACUGUCGAUGGUAUUAUGUAUGUGGUUGAUUCGGGAUUUUCGAAGCUAAAGGUUUACAACCCUCGUAUGGGUAUGGACACACUUCAGAUUACGCCCAUCUCUCAAGCAAACUCCGGUCAACGUGCUGGACGAGCCGGAAGAACGGGUCCGGGUAAAGCUUUUAGGCUGUACACGGAGCAAGCAUUCAAAAACGAACUAUAUAUCCAAACAAUUCCAGAAAUCCAGCGAACCAGCUUGGCUAAUACGGUGCUUUUGUUGAAAUCAUUAGGGGUCAAGGMCCUCUUGGACUUUGACUUUAUGGAUCCCCCGCCACAGGAGACAAUUUCCACUUCAUUGUUCGAAUUGUGGUCUCUCGGCGCACUGGACAAUCUAGGAGACUUGACGCCACUCGGCCGUCGCAUGACCCCAUUCCCCAUGGAUCCAUCAUUAGCGAAACUAUUGAUCACCGCAUCCGAAGAGUACGGCUGCAGCGAAGAAGUACUAACAAUCGUCUCCAUGCUCUCCGUACCAAACGUCUUCUUCCGCCCCAAAGAACGCCAAGAAGAAUCCGACGCAGCGCGCGAGAAAUUCUUCGUUCCCGAAUCCGACCACCUCACUCUGCUGCAUGUAUACACCCAAUGGAAAUCCAACGGCUACUCUGACGCCUGGUGCGUGCGGCACUUCCUACAUUCCAAAUCCCUGCGCCGCGCCAAAGAGAUUCGCGAACAACUGCACGAUAUCAUGACCGUGCAAAAGAUGCCGCUGGUCAGCUGCGGCACAGACUGGGACGUGAUUCGCAAAUGCAUUUGUUCAGGGUACUACCAUCAAGCAGCGCGCAAAAAGGGGUUGGGAGAGUUUAUCAAUCUGCGGACUAGUGUUACGGUGCAGUUGCAUCCGACCAGUGCGCUGUAUGGGCUGGGUUAUGUGCCGGAUUAUGUGGUUUAUCAUGAGCUUAUAUUGACGAGUAAGGAGUAUAUGUCUACCGUUACCGCGGUGGAUCCUCACUGGCUCGCCGAAUUGGGCGGCGUCUUCUACUCCGUCAAAGAAAAGGGAUACUCGCACCGCGAAAAGCGUAUCACAGAACACGAAUUCAAUCGUCGAAUGGAGAUCGAGACUCAAAUGGCGGCUGACCGUGAGCGCGCGGCCGCUGAAAAGGAGCGGGAAAAGGAGAAGAAUGAUCCUGUGCGCAGAAAAAGGGAGAUUGAGGUUGGGGUAGGGAUUGGACGGCCUGCUUCUGCUGCUACUGGUGGUACGACGAAGUCGUCGUCGGUUGUGAAGAGGCCGGUUGUUGGCGGUGGGAAGAGGGGUGGUUUGAGUGCGAGUAGUGGUGGUGGUGGGAGUGUAGUCAAAAAGCCCGUGGUCGUUCGGCGGCCUGGAGGAAGAGCUUUUUGA